GGUUGCGUAGGCAACAAGGAAACCAUGGAAACCGAGCAGUCAGAGCGGAGACAGCUCGGCCGGCCUCUCGGUCUCUCCCGUCGUUAGUCGGACCAGGGAUCCGUGUGGGCUGGACGUGCAGUGUCAGCUCGGCUCAUAGGCAAUUAAUAUGUUUUGCACUUACACUUUUCUAGCGUCGCCACGACAGGGAACUCUUUGGACGCCAUUGGAGCUUUAGCUAAUGCAGCUAGUUUCACUCUGCUCACCAGACGUGGUAUUCUUCAGACAAGCUCUGUGGAAGUUGAGCCUGAACCCGACACCUUACCAGAGGAUGCUGGAGUCAAUACAAGUCACAGAAAGACUUCACUGGCCACAAGUAGAAAUGUCCAAAAAGUACAUCUUUAACUCUGCUGACAAGGAACUGAGUCCAAGCCAAGUAUACCUGGAGAAGAUUUCCUCCAGUGCCCUCAAAGACCUCUUCAGCUCUGGCUCCAGCAGCUACAACGUACUGCUGCAAGCAGAGGAGGAAGAGUGGAAGAGCCCAAAGCAGGCUCUGUACAAGAGGCCAAAAACAUCAGCAAAAUGUGGUGCCACACUUGGUAAAAGAAACCAUCCAGGCAUGGCUUUUAAAAAGGUGCGUGCUCAAGAAGGUGGCGGUAAACCUGCACAGACAGGUUGUGUCCAGCAGCGGAGCAUCGCAGUAGUGGGCAGCACGAUGGGCCUCACCCCUCGUACAGUCCCACAGCUCAGGAAGAUGUGUGUCCCCAACUCGUCUCGCACUAAACUUCCCUUGUUGCAUAAAGCAAUAAUCACAGGUGAAGUGGAAAAUGCCAAGAAGCUCUGCAUCCUUUCAGCCAUCAAGCCGUCUAAUGUGGAAAUGGAGAGGGUCAAGUUUUUCAAGUCGGACUUCAGCUACAAUCCGCAGUUUGAGUACAGCAGCCCUGUCUCUCCACUGGUCUUGGCACGGCACAGUAAUGCCUCAGAUCGCUUCCUGACACAGGCAGUGCACAUCAUGGAGCUUGCUCUGCAGCGAUAUGGCAGCUAUGAGAAAUUUGAGCAGGUCACUGGGGGUAACCUCCUCACCAAGAGUCGUGUCUGGCACAAUGUCAAGAAAUACAUGGAGAAGGAAGGCUGCGUGGGGGAGAUAGUAGUCCAGGUGACAGAUGACCUCCUGUCCAGAGCCUCCAUGACAGUUGUGAACAGCAGACCCACACUUACCAUCAACAUCUCCACUGCACGGGAGCACUGGCUGGAGGGCAUGCUGAGGCAUGAGAUUGGCACGCAUUAUUUCAGAGGCAUCAACAAUUGCCACCAGCCUUGGAGCAGCAGCGUGGGCAGGAGGAAGCACAACCUGAAGCCCCUGAACCCCACAGAAGAGGGUCUGGCAAGCAUCCACAGUGUCCUGUUUAGGAAAGACCCCACUCUGUGGCGUGCUGCCCUGCUCUACUACACCGUCUACCAGGCCAGCCACAUGUCCUUCAUUCAGCUCUUCCACAACCUGGGCCGCUUUGUCCAGGACCCCAACACCCGCUGGGACUACUGUGUCAGAGCCAAGAGAGGCCAGACUGACACUGCACAGCCAGGGUGCUUCAGUAAAGACCAGGUCUACCUGGACGGCAUCCUGAAGAUCCUAAGAUACAGAGACAAGAUCAACUUCCCACUUCUCAUGGCUCUCGGAAAGGUGUCAUUUGAAGACAUAGAUCGCCUUAAAGCCUUGGCUCACAUGGAGAACAUCCGAAUCCCUCACUUCAUGCAGGACCAGGCAAGGUACGCCGAGCAGCUGACUAAAAUAAUGUUGGUCAACCAGCUGACUGACGAGGAGCUCAAGACCAUCAUCUGAGCCUGCUUCAUUCCCCCUGCACGACCCUGAGCAGACCAACAAAAGCUGUCAAAUUACUGCCAGCCAUAGCCUGCAUGCCUCGACACCACCACCAGUAGUGUGCACGGGGGCGGUGAGUGUCUUGUUCAGCUGUAUUGCAUGUGGUACACACUGACUUAUAAUUAAUUGUCUGUUUGUACAGUACAUCACCCUGCGAUUUCCUUGUGGUGUGUUUAUGGCUGAAUGAAGUUCAGUAUGAGCACGACAUGAGCAAAUUAAUUAAAAUCCACACAAAUGUGCACUAUUAUGAACGUGCAUCCAGACUGGUUACCAUCUGGUUGCAUCACAACAUAGAGGGAGUGUGAACUCAUUCUCUGCUCAGGUCGCCAUAACUUCACUAUAUCAUUCAUUACAUAGAAUAUAGUUGUUGGAGGCUACAUUAAUGUUUAAAACCUUAUAUAUAUAAGAUUUAACACCUUAGAUUUAAAAUGUAGCUGCCUUACAAUAACAUUGGUUGUUAUUUUAUAAGGUUUUUUGGGGAUUAGAAAAGUCAGUUGCAUAUAAACGAAUUCAAAGAAAACGUGCUGGAUGCUCAAACUCCAAUUGUAAUGAAGUCACAGCCCUAAUACUAAUUUAACUGUAAAUGUCCGUGAUAAGCUAAUGAUACAGGCUGUUACAAUGAAUCAGUUGUGCCCAUAGGUUUUUUCAACCACAGCAGUGAAAUUCUUAAAGAAAAUGAUUCACUUCUUGUGCAUGAUUAUGGUUAAAUGUAAACCUAUGAAACACCUAUGAGUAUAAGCAAAGCUUGACCUAGUACUUAAAUUUUGAUUAUUUUGUCGUCCGAGGACCUGAUCCAAGUGUACUUACCUGCGGAAGGUUCUGUAUCUGUCUCUGUUUUGAACACAAACACAUUCUUGCACUUUGUUUACGGUAGAUAACGCGGAGGUUUACCUUUGUUGCACUGCAUUUGGUGGGAAUUACAACUGAGAGCUGUUGCUGGAGAGAAUGAUCAUGAAAGCAAGAUGGUGCACUAUGUUGAGGCCUCUCCCCUGACAGAGAUGGAGCGAUGAGCUUCACAGCACACAAAGCUGGACCUGUCAAGCACUGUUCUACAUUUGUUGAAAAGAAAAUGUCCCUCAUGUGUGAAAGUAACUGGUGGUACUGUUAGUGAGGUUUUAAAGGUGUGUUCCGUGAAGCCCUGUCAGACUAUUUGCACUUUCUUACCUUGAAUCUACCUUUUCAACUGCAAUGAUAUAUGCAGCUACUGUGUACAGACUGAUCUGUGUAAUGGCGUGUGGUUGUUGCUAAAACCAAGGAUGACCUGAUGCAUGAAGCACGUUUGCUAAUUAGGUUCUUCAAAGACCAAUUAAAUGAUACGGUUUAAUAACAUGGUAUAUCUAUGUGAUGUUAUCUCAUUGAAGGAUUUUUUUGUGAUAUUAGUAGAUAAAAUCUUCAAAUAAAUGUGUCUCCCUG